AUGGAUAACGACUGGCGUCAAGCUCCUAUUGAGGACCGAGAGAUCUUCAAUUUCCACGAUAUCCUUGAAUGCCAGCAUCAUCACGUCCUCUAUCAUGUUCUUCGAAUCGGUUUGUCCUCUUUCUCUCUGCAAGCCUUCCAGGAUGACCAGACCGGGCAGACAUUCUACCAUUUCUACUUCGAGCUGGACGAAGAGUUCACGUUCGUUGAUGAGUUCAAGGACACCGUCUCAGUCUGCGGUUUGGCCUUGUGGAUGGAAUGCAAGGAGGAGGACAAUGGAGGUGACCUCAACGUUCAGUUCGUCAUCGAGGAGCGUCCCUUCUACUCUCCUCUUGUUUCUUUCGAAUUCCCUCUCCAAGAUGCAAACAUGGGUCGGGAGAACGAUCUGAACCUCCUUCAUAUUAUCGGAGCUAUUCAGGGAAGAUCCGAUGAGCUUGAGGACCUCCUCCCCAACGAGUACCCCUCCAACUUGCUCAGGUUUCGAUUUUCACCCCUGACCCGAGUUGACGACGAGCCUCGUGGCUACCGCGAUGCCCUUCUUCAGUGGUUCAUCCGCCUAAACAAGGUGGGCUACGUUAGGUGGUCAAGCGUUGCCCAGACGGUUGAGGACGUUGUUCUCAAUAUGCAGAAUAGCGAGGAGACUCCCACCGCGCAGGCGAUGAUGUUUUCCGACAUCAUUGGCCAUAAGUUCACUGCCGACGGUUCCUUGCACGACGGCUUUCGGGUUGUAGAAGGACGGGUUUACCAUCAUGAGGGGGUGGACAUGCCAUACGAACCUCUUUGGGUCAACAUCUGGGGUCAGGGACACUCUGGGGAAAUUGAGGCGCCUGGAGGUCGUGACGAUGGAGAUGAGGACUAUGGAGUUGCGCCCGAUCAGUUUGAUCUGGAUAUUGGAGGUCCCAGAAUUGAAGAGUCCUAG